AUGUACUUCAACUCUAUCGCUCUUACCACCGCCCUGCUGGCAGGCUCCAGCAUGGCCGAGAUCAUCUGGGACGGCCGCUUCACCGACAAGUCCGCUGCAGAGAUCGACAAGUGGUCUUGGAACAACCAGGUCGGCGCCUACCAAUACUACAUUCACGGAGCUGGCGCAACCACCGACUACAUCAACAUCAGCCCUGACUAUGCCAACCCCGCCGACAUCUCAUCCUCGGAUGGUGCUCGUAUCACUGUCGAUGGCACAUCCUCAUGGAACGGCCAGAGCAUGAUGCGCACUGAGCUGAUCCCCUCCACCAAGGCCGCCAUCAACAAGGGCAAGAAGUACUACCACUUCAGUCUCAGGCGUGGUGCCGAUAAUGCACCUGACGCCACCGCUGAGCAUCAAAUUGGCUUCUUCGAAUCCCACUUUACCGAACUCAAGUACGGCGUUGACGGCAGCAACGGAAAGCUGCAGUGGAUGACUGAUGGAAAGGCUCAAUUCGACAUGGACUUUGAAGCCAACGUGUGGCACAACGUUGCCUAUGGCAUUGAUUUUGACGCCAGUACGGUUGAGUUUUACCACUCCACUGGCGGAGAUAAACUGGUAUCCAAGGCUGGUCCCAUGAAGGCUUCUGUCAGCUCCAACGGCGCCGAUUGGCAUGUCGGUGUGCUCAAGUUCUCCAAGACCAAGGAGGAUUGGUUCUUCAGCAGUGUUUACAUUGAGGAUGGUGAGCUGACUACUUCUAUUUCUGGCCCUUCUGGUGGUGCAGCUCCCAUCAAGGCCUCUUCUACUUCUGCUGUUCCUUCCAAGGCACCUGUCACCACAUCCUCGUCGUCUGCUGCAGUUGUCAAGACUACCUCCUCCCAGGUUGCUCCCACGUCUGUCACAGCUGUCUCGAGCUCCUCCAGCGCUGCCCCUACCACUCUGCAAACCAUGACCAAGUCCACCAGCGUCAAAUCGAGUGUAUCUUCGACCUCUGCUGCCGUGGCUGCUCCUUCUGAAACUGACGAUGCUGGGUGCACUGUCGAGUAUGUCUACGUCUGA